GAACUGUAGCAGAGAUUCCUUCCUAAAGCCAAGAGGGCAGCGGCUGCAAACAACAGAUGCCUGCAUGCUCUCCACUGGACUUGUGGCUACUGGCUGUUGCAUCUGACACAUACUGGGAAUAAAGAGCGGCUGAAACGAUGCCAGAACCAACCAAAAAAGCUGAUCAAAAGGAAGCAGAGACUGCACCCCCUCCAGAACAAAACAAACCACAGCAGGGUGGAAAUGCACCAACCCAAGACAGGAACGUCGGCGAAAUGACAACCUCUUCAGAAGAUGAAGAUGAUGCUUCAGCUGCAGAUGGAGUUAAUCGAUCUGGAGACAGAAAGGACUCAGUAUGGUCAACGGGAGAUGGCCCACCAGAAGAAGGAGAAAAGCAAGACAAUUCCCAGAAAUCUGUCCUGUUUGUUGAAAAACCAAAGGGUGGCUCGAUUAGUGUUGGGCAAAAUAUCACUUUCAUAGCAAAAGUGGAAGCCCAGGAUCUUCUCCGGAAGCCAAAUAUUAAGUGGUUCAAAGGGAAAUGGAUGGAUUUGGCAAGCAAAGUAGGGAAGCACCUUCAACUAAAGGAGACAUUUGAGCGCCAAACCAAGAUGUAUACAUUUGAGAUGCAGAUAAUUAAAGCAAAGGAAAACUAUGCUGGCAAUUAUAGGUGUGAAGUAACAUAUAAGGAUAAGGUUGAUAGCUGCUCUUUUGAUCUGGAAAUCCAUGAAAUUCCAGCUGCUGCACCAUCAAUAGAUAUCCGCUCUGCAUUCAAAAGAAGCGGUGAAGGACAAGACGAUGCAGGAGAACUUGACUUUAGUGGUCUCCUGAAACGUAGGGAGAUUAAACAUGAGCCUGAAGAACCUGAAGUAGAUGUGUGGGAGAUUCUGAAGAAUGCAAGUCCCAAUGAUUAUGAGAGGAUUGCAUUUCAAUAUGGAAUCACUGACCUGAGGGGCAUGCUAAGACGUCUGAAGCGGGCUCGCAGGGAAGAAAAGAAGAGUGCAGCUUUUUCUAAGAUUCUGGAUCCUGCAUAUCAAGUGGAUAAAGGAGGCAGAGUGAGGUUUGCGGUGGAGCUGACUGACCCAACGGUGGAACUAAAGUGGUAUAAAAAUGGCCAAGAAAUACGACCAAGUGGAAAAUACAUAUUUGAGCACAAAGGUAAUGAGAGAAUCUUAUUUAUCAACAACUGCUCAAUGACAGAUGAUGCCCGCUAUCAUGUGACUGCUGGUGAAGAAAAAUGCUCUACAGAACUAUUUGUAAGAGAGCCCCCAGUGAUGGUGACCAAAGGCCUUGAAGAUACGACUGGUUAUAUUGGUGAAAGAAUAGAAUUAUCAGUUGAAGUGUCUGAAGAUGAUGCAAAUGUGAAAUGGUUUAAAAAUGGCGUGGAGCUGCCCCUUGAUGGUAAAUCUCGAUACAGAGUGAAGGUUGAGGGUAAAAAACACACUCUGAUAAUUGAGGAAGCAACCAAAGCUGACAAUGCAACUUAUUCAGUGAUGACAAGUGGAGGACAAUCGGCUGGCCAAUUACAAGUUGACUUGAAACCAUUGAAGAUAUUGCGUCCGUUGGAAGACCAGACUGUGAAGCUUGGCAAAGAGCUGUCUCUGAAAUGUGAGGUCUCUGAGAAUGUAGAAGGGAAGUGGUACAAAAAUGGGCAGCUUCUCCAGGCCAGCGACCGCAUCAAGAUAUACCACAAAGGAAGAAUCCAUCGGCUAAUGAUUGAUAGCUCACAUGUUGAUGAUGAUGGCGAGUACAUGUUUGUUCCAGAUGCCUAUAAUGUCAACAUCCCCUGCAAAGUACAUAUUAUAGAUCCUCCUAAAAUCCAUCUUGAUGGGCUUGGUGAAGGCAAUACAGUGACAGUUGUAGCAGGAACCAAGUUACGACUUGAAAUCCCCGUGUCUGGGGAGCCACCACCCAAGGUUAUGUGGAGUAGAGGAGAGAAGUGGCUCAUGGAUUCUGCAAGCAGAAUAAGAGCAGAGAAUUAUCCAGACAGCAGUUGUUUGGUGAUUGAUUCAGCUGAGAAAGAUGACACAGGUCCCUAUAGAAUAAUGCUCAAGAAUGAGGCAGGAGAAGACUCAGCCGAAAUUAACAUCAAAGUGGUUGAUAUCCCUGACCCACCUGUGGCACCCAAUGUGGUUGAUGUAGGAGAAGACUGGUGCAUUAUGAACUGGGAACCUCCAGCGUACGAUGGUGGAACCCCUCUCUUAGGGUACUACAUUGAAAGGAAAAAGAAGCAAAGCUCCAGGUGGAUGAGGCUGAACUUUGAUCUUAUUAAAGAAACAACUUUUGAACCCAAAAAGAUGAUUGAAGGAGUUGCCUAUGAAGUCCGCGUGUUUGCAGUCAAUGCCAUAGGCGCUUCCAAACCAAGCAUGCCCUCAAAGCCUUUUGUACCUCUGGCUGUCACCAGUCCGCCCACCUGCUUGGCAGUUGAUUCUGUAACAGAUAGUACGGUUACCAUGAAAUGGCGGCCACCAGACCAAAUUGGAGCUGCAGGUUUAGACGGCUAUGUUAUAGAGUAUUGUUUUGAAGAAAGUGCUCAGGAGCCCACAACAGAGGGCAAGGGAAGCAGUGGUACAGAGCAAAAUAAUAGAGAAGCAACAGAUGGGGGCCUGAUCAAGACUGAAGAGAAGACAGCAAAACCCUGUGCUCAGGAGCCCACAACAGAGGGCAAGGGAAGCAGUGGUACAGAGCAAAAUAAUAGAGAGGCGACAGAUGGGGGCUUGAUCAAGACUGAAGAGAAGACAGCAAAACCCUGUGCUCAGGAGCCCACAACAGAGGGCAAGGGAAGCAGUGGUACAGAGCAAAAUAAUAGAGAGGCGACAGAUGGGGGCCUGAUCAAGACUGAAGAGAAGACAGCAAAACCCUGUGCUCAGGUGCCCAAAACAGAGGGCAAGGGAAGCAGUGGUACAGAGCAAAAUAAUAGAGAGGCGACAGAUGGGGGCCUGAUCAAGACUGAAGAGAAGACAGCAAAACCCUGUGCUCAGGUGCCCACAACAGAGGGCAAGGGAAGCAGUGGUACAGAGCAAAAUAAUAGAGAGGCGACAGAUGGGGGCCUGAUCAAGACUGAAGAGAAGACAGCAAAACCCUGUGCUCAGGUGCCCACAACAGAGGGCAAGGGAAGCAGUGGUACAGAGCAAAAUAAUAGAGAGGCGACAGAUGGGGGCCUGAUCAAGACUGAAGAGAAGACAGCAAAACCCUGUGCUCAGGUGCCCACAACAGAGGGCAAGGGAAGCAGUGGUACAGAGCAAAAUAAUAGAGAGGCGACAGAUGGGGGCCUGAUCAAGACUGAAGAGAAGACAGCAAAACCCUGUGCUCAGGUGCCCACAACAGAGGGCAAGGGAAGCAGUGGUACAGAGCAAAAUUAUAGUGAGACAACAGACGGGGGCCUGAUCAAGACUGAAGAGAAGACAGAAAAACCCUCGGGACAAUGGAUUGUGGCCAAUCCAGAACUAAUAGACAAAACAAAGUUCACCAUCACUGGCCUGCCAGCUGGAGCAAAAAUCUUUGUUCGAGUAAAAGCUGUGAACGCUGCGGGUCCCAGUGACCCUCGGAUGCAUCCACAGCCAAUUAUAGUCAAGGAAAUUAUAGAACCUCCGAAGAUUCGCUUGCCAAGACACUUAAAGCAAACAUAUAUUCGAAGAGUUGGAGAAUCUGUGAAUCUUGUUAUUCCUUUCCAGGGAAGACCAAGACCUAAAGUCUCUUGGAAGAAAAAUGGAGCUCAUGUAGACAAGAACCAAAUUAACAUCCGCAACAGUGAAAAUGACACCAUCAUCUUCAUCCGAAAGGCAGAGCGAAUCCACUCUGGGAAAUACGACAUGAAAGUCAAAGUAGAGAAUUUGGUGGACAAAGCCUCAAUAGAACUUCAAAUAGUUGAUCGUCCAGGCCCACCCCUAGCUGUAAAAAUUGUUGAUGUCUGGGGAGAGAAUGCUGCUUUGGAAUGGACGCCACCAAAGGAUGAUGGCAAUGCAAACAUUACUGGGUACACAAUCCAAAAAGCUGACAAAAAGAGCAUGGAAUGGUUCACCGUCAUUGAACACUACCACCGGACCAGUGCUACCAUUACUGAACUUGUCAUUGGGAAUGAAUAUUUCUUCCGGAUCUUUUCUGAAAAUAUGUGCGGCCUCAGCAAGGAUGCAACAAGGACAAAAGAGAGUGCUGUGAUUGCCAAAGAUGGUAAAGUCUACAAAAACCCAAUUUAUGAGGACUUUAAUUUCAAUGAACCACCAAUGGUUACCCAGCCUUUAAUUCACACAUACGCUGUGGCUGGUUACAAUGCAACUUUGAACUGCAGUGUCCGAGGAAAUCCCAAGCCCAAGAUAACAUGGAUGAAGAACAGAAUAAUCAUAGCAAAUGACCCCCGGUACAGAAUGUUUAGUAACCAGGGUGUUUGCACCUUGGAGGUCCGCAAACCCAGCCCCUUCGAUGGUGGCACGUACACUUGCAAUGCUGUCAAUAGCCUGGGAGAGGCAGAAGUUGAAUGCAAACUGGAAGUUAAAGUGAUAUAUCAUGGAGUAAUUACCCCAGAAGAACCAAUCUUCUUGGCGGGGCAGAAACAGUUGCACAGUAAGGAUUUUUGAAUGUAUAGUGUCAUCUAAGGUGGGGUCUCAUUCUUCAGACUACUAAUGCAAGGGGUGCCCCCACAUAUCAUUGACUCCUAUAUCCAAAAAGUGCAAGCAGGCAACCCUGAGGAAAAGUAAAGAGCUUGGCCACAGUGCUUCUCUGCCACAGCACUGGAAACUGGCAACCAGCGCUGCAGCAUUUUAACUCCAGCCAUGGCGCUCAUACAGCAUGGCCCAAUGUAUCGCCCCUUCCCUCUUCCUGCUGCUGGAAAGAAAAUACACGCAUGGAUUGGUUUUUGGGGUUGAAAUGUUGAAGUUGAAGCUUACCCACAUUUUGUAAUGUUUCACAUCAUUGUGUGUGUGUUUUCUUCUCUCUCUUUUUUUAAUGCUGAAAAGGGGAAAAACGCUAAUCAAAUACGCAUGGGAGCUAAUAUUUUGGUUUGUACUUUUUAUGGCUAGAUAGAUUCUUUUUGCGAGACGCAGAUACUGCUAAACCCAGUGGCAAUGUAGUCAGGCCUUGAAACGCAUACCUCUUUUGAUAAAUACUGGAUCUAACACUUUCCUAGGCUGCUAAAGAUGGACUGUUUGGCACACCUGAUUUGCUGCAUUUAACCGUUAUUUCAGCCGAAUGCAUCUUCAGUUAGAAGGGUUUUCAUUCAUGUCACUCAUUUGUGAAUCUCUAGGCUACUAUUAAAAGUUUUAUGUAAUAUACAAUAAAGCUGAGGUGUUAAUGAGCUAGCUAAA